GAGUUCCCCUGCGUGCACAAGGUGUUCCAGAUGAUGGGCUGUGGCAGAUACCUGUGCCAGUGCGGAAAAUUCCACUCGAGAUCAGGCAGGUUGUUGGGGAUCGGAGUCGCGAUGAUAAUGGGCCCGCUGGCAGCGAUUUGGAGUUGCGUUGUAUUCUUGCUGCUCGGUGUGCCCUUAGUGGCACUGGUCUUUCUUUGGCAUCCAGCGCGGAUGAGCCGAUUCGGCGCAUUCCUUGCGGGUCUCGCGUGCGGCAUUUACGGGCUCGUCCUGGCCGUCCACAACCUGAUAACCUUGUGCCUGCCCGACAUCAGGCCCACGUAUGCCGUUACGUGGCCGCUGGCAGGCUCGGACUGCAUUUGUGGCUGCGUCUACCCGUUGAACUCACACAUCGUCGGGCAGUUUGCGAUCAUCGGGGCGAUCACGGUGGUCAAGAGCCUGUUCCUGUCCUUCAGGUGCCUGAAGGGGCUCCGCCGCAGGAACUGGGCCAACCUGCUCUCGGUGACGUUCCCGGUCCCGGUCACGGCGUACGCUGUGGAGUGGGUCACCCCCGAAGGACACCCCAUCAAGUACCGCGACCGGGAGGGGCCGAUGAAGCCGGUCCAGGGGGAGCUGGCGUUCGAUCCCUUCGCCAUGAUGGACGAGCAGCCCGACAGCGCCGCCACCUCGCUCCACCUGAGGCCCGUCAAGACCAGGCGGAUCAUGUACAACAGGCGCGGGAAGGAGCGGCCGCUCAGGACGCUGGAGGGCCCGAACGCGAGGGCACAGGAGUACACCGACCGGGGGCAGGAGUACAUCGGGUGCUGCGGUUUCCCAUGCAUCACCAGCGGCAAGAAGGGCCAUUUCGAGCUGGAGGGCGACGACUGCGAGGCUGGCGACAGCACGGUUAGCCGGCGGGCGUCUCUGGAUUCGUCCGUCAACGGCGCUGAUCUCACCCGCAGGGACAGCGCCAAAGGCUGCAUGUCCAUGGACUCCAUUGAGUCCCUGGGCUUCAACAGGAUGGACACGAGAGACACCGGAGCGACGUCGUCGACGACGCGGACCGGCUGGGCGGGCGGCUCGCGGAGCACCUCCCGGAGCGCGGGCUCGCGGACGGGCGCGGCGUCGUCGACGGCCCCGGCGCGGAGCACGAGGGACACCGCGGCUCGGCGCCUCUUCGACGCGGAGAGGCUCGCGGGCGCCGCCAAGGCGCGGGGCGUGCAGCUCGACGACUCGGCGCGCAGCGCGGAGGCGGAGAGGAGCGCCUGCGCCAGCAGAUGGGGCCGCGCGGAGCCCGAGGACGAGCGCGACCGGGUCGACAGCGAUUUCCUCGACAGCGACCGCUUCGACAGCAAGGAGACGGAGUUCUCGCAGCCGCAGCUUCAUUGGCGGUCCGCGGUCGAGGCUGGGGGCCUCGCCUCCGCGCCCGUCACCGCACUGCAGGCCUUCGACGACAGCGUGGCCUCGCUAG